AUGUCUAAGGAGGCUAAAUGUGUACGAAAAGAAAGGUUUUUUCUACCAGAAAAGUUAUGCAACAAAGCAUUCCACGAUUGGAAUUGGACAGUUGCUGAAUUUAUUCAUAAAUGGAAAAAAGACAAUAUCAGCGAACAAUUAGAAAAAACAGCUGAAGGUAUAUUAAUUGAAGGCAACAAAACUGGUGAGUAUAAAGACGCUCAAUGGUUAGCGGAACAAUUAAGAUCAGCGAAGGGUAAGAGUGAAGAUGAAAUAUAUAAAUUAUGCAUAUCGCUUUAUACAUAUGAAUGUUUUUUAUACAAAUUAAUAAAUCAAACAUUAAGAGAUGAUGAUUAUAGUAAAAUUCAAACGUGCAAUUAUUCUGAAUAA